ACUUUCAAAUGCAUAAUUGCGUAAAAGAAUAAAUAAGAAAAAUGAGUACACGGGUAAAUAUUUUUGAUCGGCUAGAUGUAUAGUGUAACUAUUUUGAGAGCAAGUAAAAACCCAUAAUUUGUUUGUCAUUAGUAGGUAUAUAGCAUAAAUUGCUCGUUUAAAAACCCAACCCAAUUGGAGUCGCGGGGAAUUAGCUCUCUGGACUCUUCUAGGAGUAUUACAAAAAAUCAGUUUCUCUGCAAUUCAUCUUCAUAGCUCAUAUGGCAGACCACGUAAAUAUGGAGAUGGAGGAUGAGGAUGAUUAUGUUGAAUAUGUACCGGUUGCAAAGCGUCGAGCAAUUGAGGCGCAAAAGAUCCUUCAGCGCAAGGGAAAAUCUUCAGUUUUGGAAGAGGAAGCGGAAAAAUUGAAGCUUGUUGCGGCUAAACCGAGUUUGCUUGUGAAGGCCACUCAGCUGAAGAAAGAGCAACCUGAGAUUAGUCCAACUGAACAAGUAGUCCUGCAAGAGAAGGAGAUGAUUGAGCAUUUAUCUGAUCGGAAGACGUUAAUGUCCGUUCGUGAACUAGCUAAAGGUAUUACUUAUACAGAGCCUUUGUUCACCGGUUGGAAGCCGCCAUUAGCCAUCAGACGGAUGUCAAAGAAAGCAUGUGAUGCGAUCCGAAAGCAGUGGCAUAUUAUUGUGGAUGGCGAAGAUGUUCCUCCACCAAUAAAGAAUUUCAAGGACAUGAGGUUCCCUGAGCCCAUUUUGAAGAAACUUAAAGCGAGGGGGAUUGUUCAGCCGACACCAAUCCAAGUGCAGGGCCUGCCUGUUAUUUUAUCAGGUCGCGAUAUGAUAGGUAUAGCUUUUACAGGCUCUGGUAAAACAUUGGUUUUUGUCUUGCCACUUAUUAUGGUGGCUUUGCAGGAAGAAGUUAUGAUGCCCAUUGCUCCCGGGGAAGGACCAUUCGGCUUGAUUAUUUGUCCAUCCAGAGAGCUGGCUAGACAGACAUAUGAAGUUAUUGAACAAUUCUUAGAACCAUUGAGGGAGUAUGGUUACCCUGAAUUGAGGCCUUUGCUGUGUAUUGGUGGAGUUGAUAUGAAGUCCCAAAUUGAUGUUGUAAAGAAGGGAGUUCACAUUGUAGUUGCUACACCUGGAAGACUCAAAGAUAUGUUAGCAAAGAAGAAAAUGAACCUUGACAACUGCAGAUACUUGACACUGGAUGAAGCAGACAGAUUGGUUGAUCUUGGUUUUGAAGAUGAUAUUAGGGAGGUGUUUGAUCAUUUCAAAGCUCAAAGACAAACUCUGCUAUUUUCUGCUACAAUGCCCCCGAAGAUUCAGAAUUUUGCUAGAAGUGCAUUAGUUAAACCAGUAACAGUGAACGUGGGGAGGGCUGGAGCCGCCAACCUUGAUGUGAUUCAGGAAGUGGAGUAUGUAAAGCAGGAAGCCAAGAUUGUUUACCUUCUUGAGUGCUUGCAAAAAACUCCGCCUCCGGUUCUGGUUUUCUGUGAGAAUAAGGCUGAUGUGGACGAUAUCCAUGAAUACCUUCUCUUAAAAGGAGUUGAAGCUGUGGCUAUUCAUGGAGGCAAGGAUCAAGAAGAGAGAGAAUAUGCAAUUGCAUCAUUUAAGUCCGGCAAGAAAGAUGUUCUGGUUGCAACUGAUGUUGCUUCUAAAGGAUUAGAUUUUCCUGAUAUUCAGCAUGUAAUUAACUACGAUAUGCCGGCUGAAAUUGAAAACUACGUGCAUAGGAUUGGACGAACAGGAAGAUGUGGAAAAACAGGAAUUGCCACAACCUUUAUCAACAAGAAUCAGAGCGAGACAACACUUCUUGAUCUAAAACACUUGUUACAAGAAGCAAAACAAAGGAUACCUCCUGUCCUUGCGGAGCUCAAUGACCCCAUGGACGACGUUGAGGCAAUCACGAAUGCGAGUGGGGUAAAGGGUUGUGCAUAUUGUGGUGGACUUGGUCAUCGUAUCCGUGACUGCCCCAAGCUAGAGCACCAAAAGAGCGUGCAGAUUGCCAAUUCCAGGAGAGACUACUUUGGGUCUGGAGGUUAUCGAGGAGAAAUUUAGUUCCUGUUCUUAUUUGCACUCUGCAACUUGUAUCCGCUUUUCCUUCUAGCUUGAUGAUAGUCACUAAUAGGUUUCUCAAUGUAAAAUGUAAAAUUCAUGGUUAAUCUGAAAGUCAUUGUUUCUUGAACAAUCUUGGAUGUUUAACUUGAAUCCAGAUGUGAACGUUUAUUUUA